ACAAAAAAAUGGUUUCUUCUCUUCUUGCAUCUCCAACAUUUUUGGGUGCUCUUUUCUUUUCAUUCCUUACAUUGUUUCUCCUUCCUCAGCCUGCCCUAGCCAUUACAAGGCACUACAAGUUCAAUGUUAAGUUACAAAAUGUGACAAGAUUAUGCCACACAAAGAGCAUUUUGACAGUAAAUGGAAAGUUUCCGGGGCCUCGAAUAAUUGCUAGGGAAGGUGAUCGCCUUAUUAUCAAGGUGGUUAAUCAUGUCUCUAACAACAUCUCCAUCCAUUGGCACGGAAUUCGACAGAUUCGGAGCGGGUGGUUCGACGGGCCGGGUUAUAUAACCCAAUGUCCUAUACAAACUAACCAGAGCUAUGUGUACAACUACACCAUUGUUGGCCAAAGAGGGACCUUAUUUUGGCAUGCACAUAUUUCAUGGUUAAGAGCCACUGUUUAUGGUCCCAUUGUUAUUCUCCCCAAGCUUGGUGUACCUUAUCCAUUCCCCAAACCUGACAAAGAAAUCCGUCCAAUCCUCUUUGGAGAGUGGUUUAAUGCAGAUACUGAGGCAGUGAUCAGCCAGGCCCUUCAAACAGGUGCAGCCCCAAAUGUCUCUGAUGCUUAUACCAUCAAUGGGCUUCCUGGCCCAUUAUAUAAUUGCUCAGCUAAAGAUACAUACAAGCUGAAGGUGAAGCCAGGGAAGACAUACCUUCUACGCAUCAUCAAUGCAGCACUCAAUGAUGAGCUCUUCUUCAGCAUUGCAAACCACACAUUCACAAUUGUAGAAGUCGAUGCUGUUUAUACCAAACCUUUCCAAACCAAUACACUUCUCAUAACACCAGGCCAGACCACAAAUCUCCUCCUCAAAACCAAACCAAAUCUCCCAAACGCCACCUUCUUGAUGCUCGCUCGGCCUUACGCCACCGGCCAAGGCACCUUCGACAACACCACCGUCGCCGGAAUCCUCCAAUACAAGACUACUUCUACUAAACACAUCAAAAAUCUCCCUCUACUCAAACCAACUCUUCCUGCCCUAAACGACACCGCAUUCGCAUUCAAUUUUACAUCAAAACUCCGUAGCUUAGCCAGUCCACAGUACCCGGCCAAUGUUCCUCAAACUGUUGAUAAGAACUUCUUCUUCACAAUCGGGUUAGGAACCAACCCGUGCCCGAAGAACCAAACGUGUCAGGGACCCAAUAACAGUACCAAAUUUUCUGCUUCCGUGAAUAACAUAUCAAUGAUACUCCCAAGCACGGCCUUACUGCAGACCCACUUUUUUGGGAAAUCGAAUGGAGUUUACGCCACUGAUUUUCCAAGCAAACCCAUAAUUCCUUUUAAUUAUACAGGGACUCCACCCAAUAAUACGAUGGUGAUGAAUGGGACUAAGGUUGUGGUUCUUCCUUUUAAUGCAACUGUCGAGCUUGUUAUGCAGGAUACAAGCAUUCUUGGAGCUGAGUCUCACCCACUUCACUUGCAUGGUUUUAACUUCUUCAUUGUUGGACAAGGGAUUGGGAACUAUGACUCCAAUAAGGACCCUAAGAAUUACAAUCUUGUUGACCCGGUUGAGAGGAACACGGUUGGUGUGCCUUCGGGUGGGUGGGUCGCAAUCCGGUUCCGGGCAGACAAUCCGGGGGUUUGGUUCAUGCAUUGCCACUUCGAGGUACAUAUAAGUUGGGGUUUGAGAAUGGCUUGGGUUGUUCAAGAUGGAAAACUGCCCAAUCAGAAGCUGCCACCUCCACCAGCAGAUCUUCCCAAGUGUUAACAUCCAUGGCAUGCCCCCACUUUUUGAUUGGAUUUACUGCAUGAGUUUGAGUUUUCCCCCUUUUAAUUUAUUUCUGUUCUUUAAAAAAAAGGAUUCAGGUGUUGUUUUUGUUUGAGGAACUUGUUUUUGUAACGUGGAGAAGUGUUCAAUAACAAUCAUGGGUAUGAAUUAUUGAUUCAAUUUCGCUCGUACUCUCUUUUUUUUCAAUGAACAUGGCAAGCCUUGUUGCAGCAGCCAAGCCUUUCUCUU